AUGCCUGAAGGGCUUCAUGGCGAUGAGGCAUUGGCACCGCUGCUUGAUCAAACGCCACCCGACGAUCCGCGCGAGCUCGGGGACUACAUGUGGGACAUCUACGAACGCUCUGGAGACAUGAUGCACCUCGAUGCAUCCAUAAAGGCAACACGGGGGGCUAUCGCACUCAAGCCUAAUCCUGUCGAUGCCGGUCUUCUGUUCUCCCUUGGCGCGAGAUCGAGCACGCGCUUUGACCUUACGAACAACCCAGACGAUCUUGGGGAGGCAAUCUCUGGGUUUCAGAGGGCUACUGAGCUCGCAUCGGACACCGCGCCUGAUACGCCAAUGCUAUACAAUCUCCUCGGAUACUAUUUCAUCACACGAUACCGCCGUUUUAACGACUUGUCUGAGGCCACCAGGCGAGACGAUCUCAAUCGGGCCAUAAACUCCUUCAAACGCGCGUCAGAGCUCAGUCCGGAUUCAAGCCCUGCCGUGAAAGCAAGCCGACUUCAGAAUCUCAUCCUCGCAUUGGUAGAGCGCUUCGAGAUAGCAGGCGAUGGCCAAGAUAAUGACUUGGCGAUCGAUGCGGCCUAUCGAGCUGUUGAACUCCUGCCAAAGGGCAGCCUUGAGAAAGCGCAAUGUCUCAACCUGCUCGGAAACUCGUUGUUCGCUCGGUUCCAACUCAGUGGUAGACUUCCUGACGUCGAAGCUUCGGUAUCCUCCCAUCUCCGUGCUCUUGUGCUCAUUCCCGACGGGCAUCGCGAUAAGCCUAUGAUACUCCACAACGUCGGAAACUCCACACACAUUCGCUUCGAACACAUGGGUCGGCCAGAAGACCUGGAGACGAGUAUCUCGAUGCAUCGUCUCGCUGUGGACCUCACUCCAAACGACGAUAACCAGAACAAGUCCGAUAGACUAAAUAGUCUCAGUUGCUCUCUGCUCAGCCGGUACCAGAUUAGCGGCUACCGAAGUGACAUCGAGGAAGCUAUCUCGACAUGUCGUAGCGCAAUCGAGUUGACCGCGCAUGGCCAUCGCCGCAAAGCCUCUCGGUAUAACAACCUCGGGAUCUCGCUCCUGACACAGUACCGGAGCAACGGAGAGCUGCACGUUCUCGAGGAGGCCAUCUCAGCGCAUCGCAUCGCAGUCGACCUUACAGCUGAGGAGAGCGCCGACAUGCCAUCGCUGUUGAGCAAUCUGGGCCUCUCAUUGUCUGAACGCUUCACGCAUUCUGGGGGUCUGGAAGAUGCGGAGAACGCGAUUGCUGCACAUCUCCGAGCCAUAGACCUCGUCCAAGAUGGCAGUGCAGACAAAGCGUCGUGCUUCGCCAAUCUUGCGGAUGCAUUCCGGGUCCGGUAUGAGCGCCUGAGAGACGUCGAGGACAUAGAGAACUCCAUCUCAGCAUGUCUUCGCGCCAUAGAGCUCGCCCCGGAAGGCCACUUCUACUUGCCAUCCUACCACAACAACCUCGCGAAUGCAUUACGCCUUCGAUUCAAGCGCGUCGGCGAUCUCGGCGAUCUCGGCGAUCUAGAUAACGCUAUCUCAGCGAUUCGCCUUGCUAUCGAAAUGACACCCGGCGGACACCAUGAACAGCCCUUGAGGCUCAGCAAUCUCGGCGCGUCGCUCAUGAGCCGCUACGAGCGUAACCUGGUUUCUGAGGAUCUCGACGACGCCAUCGCAGCAUAUCGAGAGGCGAUCCAGGCCACUCCCGAUGCUCAUCCAAGCCGUUCAGGGAUCCUGUUCAAUCUCGCUCAAUCCCUGUGCACCCGCUUUGAACACGAUCAAAAGCAGGAAAGCGAUCUAGACGAGUCCAUCUCCGCUCUUCGCGAUGGACUUGAGCUUCUACAUGAGGAUACUACAGAUAGACCCUCACUCUUGAGAGCUCUGGGCACAGUACUCCAUCACCAGUUCGAUCGUCACAAAUUCGAAUCUACAUUCGACGCUGCUGUGCGCUCGUUCGUGGGCGCGAGUCGGAGCGCGCUGGGAUCGCCCUCCACCCGGCUACAUUCCGCAGUUCUAUGCGUGGCAAUGCACACCGCUCACCCUGACUUUGGCUCUACUGAUUCCCUCUUAUCUGCCUAUGAGUGCAUUCUGGAUGUUCUUCCUGAGAUCGCCUGGCUUGGGUACGGCGUCAGUCGACGUUACGAUGAAAUCACCAAACUCGGCCAACAUGUCAAUGCCAAUGCGGCAGUCUGUGCUGCGAUCGGGGCGGGAGCACUGUCACGAGCCGUAGAGUGGCUUGAAGCAGGACGGUCACUCGUGUGGGCACAGGUGUUGUCAUUGCGUACACCGCUCGACGCGCUCGAAGAACGCCAUCCAUUACUCGCCCGAUCUAUACGUGCCAUCCAACCUCAACUCCAAUCUUCCGGUCAUUUCUCAGUAGUGCCCGAACCGUCGGGUGCGCAUAGCGUUGAGAGUGGCUUUUCUGGAAUCGUGCCGAAUGCAGCGGUAGAUCAUCAUCGACGACUGGCGAUACAGUACCAACAUAUCCUGGCAAAGGUUCGAGGCUGCCCAGGUUUUGAGAACUUCUUACGGCCAAAGACGCUUUCCGACCUCGUCUCAUCGCAUAAUCGUCUUGAAGAUCAUGUCGUUUUCGUCAACGUAGCUCCUGCGCGCUGCGAUGCUCUAGUCUUAACCGGCGAAGGCGUCCCGCGACUCGUCGUGCUGUCUGAGCUCACAUAUGAUAUUGUGAAGACCAUGAGCAGGCUAUGGAAGGGUUGCCUCCGAAGAGGUGGAGUGCGUCUGCAGCGCGGUGACGAUGAUCGCGGGAUGAUAGAACACAACGGAGAUGAGGAGCCUCGGGACUGGAUGCGGGUACUUGGGACCCUCUGGAGAUUCAUCGUACGCCCUGUACUCUUGGAGCUCGAUAUGCUGAAACCAGUGUCCGGUGAUCAGAUGCCGCACGUAACAUGGUGUCCAACUGGUCCUCUCACGCAACUACCCCUCCACGCAGCCGGUCUCUACGGAGUACACGGCGGUCCUCGCGUAUACGACUUUGUCAUAUCCUCAUACACACCGUCUCUAUCGGCACUUCAACGCUGUAGAAGCUCCGUCAAUGAUGUUACAACGGCGUCAAAUGUACUCAUCGUCGCACAACCGAAAACCCCGCGAGCAGGACUAGCCCCACUCCGGUUCGUGACGACCGAAUGCAAUCAUAUACGCGCGGUACUGCCUCCUGAGCUCCAGCACGUCUUUUUGGAGCACGACAAGGCAACCUUGGAGUCGACACUGAGAGUCAUCGGUCGAUGUCCGUGGGUACAUUUCGCCUGCCACGGCUCUCAGAAGCUAGGCGAGCCAACAAAGAGCGCGUUCGAGCUCUACGACGGCCCGUUGACCUUAGCCACCCUGAUGAGCACAGUAUCAGACGACGCAGAGCUCGCAUUUCUAUCGGCGUGUCAGACGGCAAAAGGGGACGAGAGCAUACCAGAGGAGUCUGCGCACCUCGCCGCGGGCAUGCUUGCGGUGGGCUUCAAGGGCGUCGUCGCGACGAUGUGGACCAUCAGAGACAACGACGCGCCGGUUGUCGUCAAGGCAUACUACGAGAAGCUGAUAGAUCUUCGUAUGGCCGGGACCGUUAAGAAAGGUCGCACAGGAGCGGCGCGUGCACUCCACGAAGCAGUAGCGCACUUGAGGGAAGAGGUUGGGAUCGAUAAGUUCGAGAGAUGGGUUCCGUUCGUGCAUUUCGGUGUCUGA